AUAUUCCAGGCGAUGGAAGAAGUUCCAUCCAAUUCUUUUUUGAGCAAAAUGCAACUGCCAAAAAAUAUCUGGAUUUCCCUACGUCUGCUUUCUUGCCUCGGUCUCUCUGCUUAACGGAAGUCUGUCUCCUGGAUAUAUUAUGGUCUAAUCCAACAGUUCGAGAGGAAAUAGUCCAAUUGUUGGAACUAAACAUGAGUACCAAGGGGGCUGCAGAGGACAAGAUCCUUAACUACAAGGGGAUAUUGUUGCAGGAGCUGUUUUCCUUGAAAGGAUACAAGGACGUUGGACUGCAAUCUGAUGAUGGCCCUAGAAGGAAACUACGGACAUCGUUCUUUACAAACGGCCUUGCCCUAACACUUCUUGCCUUUGACACAUCGAAGCAAAAAAGAGGUAGAGGUUCGCAAGCUGCCCAACCUUCGGAUACUCAAAGAUCUCAAGCAGUCCAGGCUUCUUCAAGUGCUCAGCAGGGAUCCUCGUCUUCAGGCCAUGGUGCAGGUGAUGGUGGUGAUGAUGGAGACGACGACGGAAAUGAAGAUGACGAUAUCUUGCUGGGUAUCAGCGAUAUUGACUUGCUGGAAGUUGAUGAACCAUUCUUAGAUGGCGAAGAGGGAGAAGAAGCAGCUGAAGAAGGUACAUCGAGCACAAAUCCACUGUCCCCGGUGAGUCCCAGUCCCCGGCGUGAGAUCAACUGGAAGCAGAGAUCCCGUCUCCUCGAGAAUGUAGAAGUUAAAUAUGACACCCAGGCAGCAUGCCCUCCCCCCGAAAGUACCAUUAUCAUUGGGAUCGAUCCAGGCGAGAGGUACUCGAUGACAAUUGCAAAGUUGGAUCCAAGGAAACCUAACGAACGUGAGAUCCUCCGGAUUUCUAGAGCGUACCUUUACAAACCAUCCAAGAAGUUUCAGGGCGAGCUAGAGAGGCGAAAGCUUAGAAGAGGAAUUACAGAGAUUGAAAGCAAUAUUCCGUCAUUCUCAAGGCCUACUUUAACACAGUAUUUCGCUUAUAUGAGCUUGCCGCUAAAUCAAGCUCCAUCAAGUACUGGAGGUAGUUUCUCUGGUAGUGGGGUUGGGGCCAGUAGUAGCAGUGGAGCAGGGACCGGUAGUAGCAGUGGAGUUGAGGCCAGUAGUAGCAGUGGAUCUGGGACCAGUGACGACAAUAGGGAGACUAUAUAUAGGGCGCUUGUCGAUUUCUAUAAUGACGGGUGGUUUGUUCGGAAUAGCUGGGAUAAUAGAAAAGCACAGAACGGAUGCGUUGAUUAUGUGAUCAAGGCAAUUCUGAAGCUUGCGGGCGGAAGCAAUGGAAGAAGAAGAGAUGCCAAUACGAAUGUGGUGAUCUGUAUUGGACUAGGAUCAUUCAAGACAAACCGAGGACAAGUAUCGAAGCAUGGGAUAUUGAUGAAGAAGCUUGUUGAAAAGGCAAAAUCUCUAGACUACCCCAUUGCAGGUUGUCAUGAAUACUACACAUCUGCCAAGUGUCCACGGCCUCACUGUGACAGUAUAUUGGAGAAUGUUCCUUUUCGAUCCAAGUACUGUCGAAAUUGUAAAGCAUACUUUGAUCGAGAUGCUGUUGGUGCUGAGAACAUCGCAAGGGUCUGUGAGUCGCAGAUAAGAGAGCAAAAACGACCUGCAAAAUAUAUGCCGCCGGACGGAGGAACUCAAGGCCAAGCUUCUAGCGGUAGUGGCGGCGGUGGAGGUAGUGGUGGCAGUGGUGGCAGUGGUGGUGGUAGCAGCAGAACCACAAAAAGGAAAUUUUCAGAUGAAGGAGGAGGAGGAGUAGAGGGAUCAAGACCACCGAAAGGACCUUUGCUGGGUCCAGGAGGAGGGGGAGAGACAAGCCGGCAACAACAGUAGGACACAAUCUACUACAAACAUGACUAGGUCCAGAAAGGCCU